AUGGUCAAAGUUUUAAUUGCAAUUACUUCUUAUCAUGAAGUUUUCUAUUCAGAUGGUAAAAAAACCGGUCUUUUCGUAACCGAAGCUUUAGAACCGUUCUUGGAAUUCGCUCAAAAAGGCUAUGAUGUUGAAUUUGCCUCAGAAACUGGUACAUUUGGAUACGAUGAUCAUAGUUUAGGUGAAGAUUUCCUUAAUGGUAAAGCAAAAGAAGUUUUUGAAAACAAAGAAUCACCAUACAACAAAGCAUUAGAUAAAAUUAAAAAAGCAGCCGAUUUAAAUCCAAAAGAUUAUGAUAUUUUCUUUGCCAGUGCAGGUCAUGGUACAUUAUUUGAUUAUCCAAAAGCUAAAGCUUUACAAAAAAUUGCCGCUGAAACUUGGGCUAAAGGUGGUGUAGUUUCAGCUAUUUGUCAUGGACCUGCAAUUUUUGAUGGCUUAAAUGAUUUAAAAACUGGUGAACCAUUAAUCAAAGGUAAAAGAAUAACUGGUUUUACUGAUAAAGGUGAAGAAAUUUUAGGAGUAUUGGAAAUCAUGGAAAAAGAUCAUUUAUUGACUAUUAAACAAAUUGCUGAAAAAGAAGGUGCAACUUAUGUUGAACCAGAUGGACCUUGGGCUUCAUUUGCUGUUACUGAUGGUAAAUUAGUUACUGGUGUUAACCCUCAAUCAGCUGUUAUUACUGCUAGAAAUGUUAUUGCAGCUCAUGAAUCAGUAAGUAACUAG